AUGUGUCUUUUGUGUCAAACCACUUUGUCACAGUUCAAAGCCAGUAAUUUAAAACGCCAUCAUGAUACUAACCACGGUGGUUUCUGUAAAGAUUUUCCUAUUGGUUCUCAGUUAAGGAAAACUAAAUUAAAAUCCUUAAAGGAAAAACUUGAUUGUCAGAGCAGGGUUAUGUCAAUGUUUACAAAAGAAGCAGAUUUGACAACUGAGGCUGGCUUAGUUUUGGCUUUUAAUAUUGCAAAAGCAAAGAAGCCUUACACAGAGGGAGAGUUUAUUAAAAAGAAUAUGUCACAAGUUGUUUCUAUUUUAGACCCUGAAAAUAAAAAAUUGCAGAAAUUGAUAGACCAAAUGCCUGCUGCUAGACAUACAAUAGAGAGGCGAAUUUCUGUUAUUAGUGGCGAUAUUGUUGGCAAUUUACAACAAAAUUUAAGUGAGUGCUCAGCAAUUAGUCUGGCUUUGGACGAAUCUACAGAUGUCAAAGAUAAACCCCAGUUAGCCAUAUUUGUAAGGUACGUGACAAAAGACUUGGAGGUUGAGGAAGAACUGUUAGACCUGGUUACAUUGAAUGUUACUACUCGUGGUUGUGAUAUUAAAGAAGCCCUGGAUGGUGUUUUAUUGAAGAACUCUGUGCCUAAAGGUAGUAAUGUUAGCAUUGCUACCGACGGUGCACCAGCUAUGGCAGGUAAGAAACAAGGGCUUAAAUGA